AUGGGUAUACCUGGCUUGCUGAAAGAGAUCGGCAAAGGAGAACGAGUAGCACUUGCCAAACUCGCAAUCGACCACUUUACGCAGCAUAAGCGACCUUUACGCAUAGCCAUAGACGCUGCGAUUUGGAAUUUUCAGACUCAAGUUGGAGGUCAAGGUGGAAAGAAUCCAGCCUUACGAACGUUGUUCUUUCGUUUACUAAGACUAUUGGCUUUACCUAUUCAUCCAGUAUUCGUCUACGACGGCAAGAACAAGCCACUAACAAAACGAGGCAAGACCGUGAGCCGCUAUGGAACAUGUGUGCCGAAUGAGCUGUCCAAGAACCUAGUCGCACGAUUUCAAUUCCCUCACCACACAGCUCCUGGUGAGGCAGAGGCAGAAUGUGCAACACUGCAGAAGCACGGCAUUGUGGACGCUGUGAUGAGCCAGGACGUCGACGCUAUCAUGUUUGGAAGUACUGUGACCCUACGAGACUGGAGCAAAGAAGGCACGAAAGGGAACAAAGCGCCUACGCAUGUGACUGUGCUAGACACCGUCAAGAUCGAGGAAGCUAGCGGGCUCGAUCAAGCAGGCAUGGUUUUAGUUGCUCUCUUGAGUGGUGGUGAUUACCACGAGGGGGUGCCAGGCUUCGGACCUGCGUUAUCCUGCUCAGUGGCUCGCGCUGGCUUCGGCCACGAUCUUAUUGAGCUUGUGAGGAAUUCUGAUGAGCAGGGGCUACGAGAAUGGCGAGAGAGGCUUCAGUACGAAUUAGAAACGAACGAAAGUGGUUACUUUGCGAAAAGGCACAAGACUGUGGAUGUGCCAGAGGACUUCCCGAAUAGAACAAUCUUGGGCUAUUACCUUGACCCAGCUGUAUCAUCGCAAGAGGACACGAAGAAGCUCGAAACUCGAUGGUUGCAAUGGUGGGACCAAGAAAUCGACAUCCCGGCCCUACGCGAUUACUGUGGUAUGACAUUUGACUGGCUAUACAAGGGAGGUGCGACGAAGUUCGUACGCUGUCUUGCUCAACCUCUGUUCCAGCAUCACCUAAGGACAAAGCAGAUUAAUGAAAGUGAAUACUCCUUGAAGGUUCUCGGCGACAAGAGACAACACUUUAUCAUGGACGGAGUCGCAGAGUUAAGAUUUUCGGCGAUACCAGCAGAUGUGGUGGGCCUGAAUAUUGAUUCUGAAGAAGAGAAUCCCGAAUUUGCCGAGCUUGAGGAUGAAGCAGGAGACCACGAUGGAGACGGCGAGGAAGUCGGUGCAGGGGCGAGCAGCCAAGAAUCCUCGUGUCCGACGAAGAAAUUGCUGAGACCACCCUGGGAUCCUUUGGCUACCGAGAGAUGGUGGGUGCCCAUGCCCUUGCUUGAAUGGGUCGGUGAGCAGGGGAAGGUUCGAGCCUGUCAAGUCAAGUCCACGACUCGCCAGGGCCGACAGCAAACGAAAACGACGUCCAGGACCAUCGAGAAGAUCGACCAGAGCAUGAAGCACGGUGCGCUGAAGGAGUACCUGCCAGUAGCUCACUCGUCCUGUUUAUCCUCAACAGAGAAUGCCAAAGACAACGCACAGCCGCAAAAGACUACACCAAGAAAGAAGAAAACGAUAGAGAGGACAAAGUCGUAUCCCGUCAGUGCUGUCGCUAUCUCAGCAUCCGAAAUCGAGAGCUAUUUCAGGCCAACGAAAGCGGUCCCACAGACCCGCGCAGACACCUCAGUGAAUACGAAGCAGUCGUUGGUGUCCUCUUUGCUAGGGGACGUCGAUAGUAUGCUACAGAACCCCCGUAUGCCGCAUACGAGAAGACCACUGUCCAGAACACAAACGAUGCCAGCUGUAUUGAACAGUAAUGUUAACUUGAAUGAGGACGAGGACGAAGAGUUCGAAUGGCCAGUGGGUGUCACGCAACACAAGCAGACCUCGAGGCAAUAUGGCCUGAACGCAGACAGACUUGCAAAGGCGCCAACGCAGCUAGAAGCGCCUCCGCAACCUUCUCUUUCGUCUUCUGUCAUGCAAGAAUCGACAAAGUCGGUGACGGAAGAUGACGAGGAGGUAAUCUUCGUGGGUAGCAAGCAGGUACUGCCCUCAAUCGAGUCGUUUUUCCUAAACCAUAGCAACCCCGAAUCCGGAUUAAUAUAUUUUGACACACAGGCAAUUACUGGUCAUGACCACGAGGCCCGCGUGUCUCGUCCCGAAGAAGACGCAGAACCAAGAGGAACGUCGCAUAACCUAGAACAGCACAAGGGGCGAUUAUACGACUUCGAUCGUGGAAAGAUUUCUGCCUGCGAAGCUCAUAUAGCAAGCAAGAGGUUCGCUGCCUCCCGAGAUAGCCUGCCUGGUGCUUGGAAAGAAGUGGAUUUGACACCAUCGCGGACUUCGAAGAUCACUUUUAUAGACCUCACGUAG